AUGGCAGCGCCCAUGUUGAGAGUACAGUUUCUGAGAAGGUUCUCCACACAGAGAUGUCUCGCGUUUUCCAGAACAAUUGAUACACUUCAUUCCAUGCCUUUUAGAAGCCCGGUUAUGGCUGCUCAAACAGAUGUGUAUGGCAAACUUUUGAGUGAAAGGAUCAUUUAUUUAGCAGGUCCUGUUGAUGAUGCAUUGGCCACUUCCAUUACAGCCCAAUUGUUAUAUCUGGAAUCCCAGUCCUCUACCAAACCGAUACAUAUCUACAUCAAUUCACCUGGUGGAGCCAUAACGUCGGGACUGGCCAUCUAUGAUACGAUCCAGUAUAUAAAGGCUCCCGUUUCCACUGUUUGUCUGGGCCAAGCAUGUUCAAUGGGAUCACUUCUUCUUGCCAGUGGAACAAAGGGACUGAGGCUGGCUCUGCCGAACUCCAUCAUAAUGGUCCACCAGCCAAGCGGCGGGUUUAGCGGCCAGGCCAGUGAUAUAGAAAUCCACGCGAAUCAUAUAAUCAACACCAAGAGAAAGCUCCAAGAGAUCUAUUUGAAGCACAUGGAUUCAUCGAUGACAAUCGAAAAGAUUGGCGAGUUGUUGGAGAGAGAUCGAUUUCUCACUGCUGAAGAGGCUGUGGAGUUGGGUUUGGCAGAUAAAGUCUUGGGCAACAGACAGUCCAACGAGGUUAAAGAGGAAUAA